AUGCCCUUCGGUCUGUAUUAUGUUGGUUAUGCUGAGGCGACAACAGCACGCAGCACUGAGGUGCUGACAGUGGUAUGCAGCACUGAAGUGCUGACAGUGGUAUGCAGCACUGAGGUGCUGACAACGGCACGCAGCACUGAGGUGCAGACAACGGCACGUAUCACUGAGAUGCUGACAGAGAUAUGCAGCACUGAGGUGCAGACAGUGGUAUGCAGCACUGAGGUGCUGACAGUUUUAUGGAGCACUGAGAUGCUGACAGUGGUAUACAGCACUGAGGUGCUGACAGUGGUAUGCAGCACUGAGGUGAUGACAGUGGUAUGCAGCACUGAGGUGCUGACAGUGGUAUGCAGCACUGAGGUACUGACAGUAGUAUGCAGCACUGAGGUGAUGACAGUGGUAUGCAGCACUGAGGUGAUGACAGUGGUAUGCAGCACUGAGGUGCUGACAAUGGUAUGCAGCACUGAGGUUCAGACAUUAGUAUGCAGCACUGAGAUGAUGACAGUGGUAUGCAGCACUGAGGUGCUGACAGUGGUAUGCAGCACUGAGGUGAUGACAGUAGUAUGCAGCACUGAGGUGAUGACAGUGGUAUGCAGCACUGAUGUGCAGACAACAGCACACAGCACUGAGGUGCAGACAGUGGUAUGCAGCACUGAGGUGCCAACAAUUGCACGCAGCACUGAAGUUCAGACAACAGAACGCAACAAUGAGGUGCUGACAGUGGCAUGCAGCACUGAGGUGCUGACAGUGGCAUGCAGCACUGAGGUGCAGACAACGACAUGCAGCACUGAGGUGCAGACAAUGACAUGCAGCACUGAGGUGCAGACAACGACAUGCAGCACUGAGGUGCAGACAACGACAUGCAGCACUGAGGUGCAGACAACGACAUGCAGCACUGAGGUGCAGACAACGACAUGCAGCACUGAGGUGCAGACAACGACAUGCAGCACUGAGGUGCAGACAACGACAUGCAGCACUGAGGUGCAGACAAUGACAUGCAGCACUGAGGUGCAGACAACGACAUGCAGCACUGAGGUGCAGACAACGACAUGCAGCACUGAUGUGCAGACAACGACAUGCAGCACUGAGGUGCAGACAACGACAUGCAGCACUGAGGUGCAGACAACGACAUGCAGCACUGAGGUGCAGACAAUGACACGCAGCACUGAGGUGCUGACAGUGGUAUGCAGCACUGAGGUGCAGACAACGACAUGCAGCACUGAGGUGCAGACAAUGACAUGCAGCACUGAGGUGCAGACAGUGACAUGCAGCACUGAGGUGCAGACAAUGACACGCACCACUGAGGUGCUGACAGUGGUAUGCAGCACUGAGGUGCUGACAGUGGUAUGCAGCACUGAGGUGCUGACAGUGGUAUGCAGCACUGAGGUGUAG